AUGGCACUGGGUGGGGAGCCUCUACUUGGCUCUGUCGCGAAUUUUGAGGGUCGCGUGUUAGACGUUGGCACAGGCAACGGAUGGUGGGCGAUCGACAUGGCAGAUGAUUGUCCUCGUGCAGAUGUGAUUGGGAUCGACCUGAGCCCCAUCCAACCUGAAUACGUACCAGUCAAUUGCAGAUUUAUCAUCGAUGAUUUUGAAACAUCAUACGAUUUCGUCUUUGCUUGUUCUGAUUACUACCCAGAUGUUAUUCACUGCCGCACUAUGGUCAUGGCUAUCUAUGAUUGGACACGAUUUAUUGCGUGGAUCAAGAGGGAGUUGGAACCCGGGGGCUUGGUGGAGUUUCAGGAGCUACUAUGGUGCCCAUGUAUCCAAGACGGUGGUAUCAUCAAGCCUUACACAGGACCACUAGCAGAAUUCUUUCAGACACUAGCUCAGGCAUUUGGUGCCGUCGGAAUCAGUCUUGAUGCACCGCGAUAUCUACGGACCGGGCUCGAGCUGUCUGGUUUCAAGGAUGUGUCUCAGCAAGACUUUCUCAUCCCUCUGGGGAAGUGGCCAAACGACCCCAAACUCAAAGACAUGGGGGCCCUUUUCUACUACUUUCUGCUGGUGGCAAUCGAGCCCUUGUCGAGCCGAGUCCUUCGCCGCGGGCUCAACUAUAGCCCGAGCGAGGCCAAACUGUGGGCUGAGCGAUUCAAGAAAACGCUGAAAGAGUCACUCCGAGAGCUUGUUUUCUUCCAGUUCAUUGUUGUUCACGGCCGGAAGUACAGAGCUAUACAGUAA